CCGGCUCACAUCACUUCCCCCGGACGCUCCUCCUCCAGUGCUCGGUCUAAGCUGCUCUCCGCUAACAUGCUGCUUUGUAACAGCCGGUGUUCGGUGCUGUGUGUCGGCGUCCUCCUGCUGGCUGUAGGGGCAGCGCUGGUGUCUGCUGCUGGGGCGCUGGGCAGAGGCUUUGGAGACCACAUCCACUGGAGAACUCUGGAAGACGGGAAGCAGGAAGCAGCCAGCAGCGGUUUACCAAUCAUGCUUGUGAUCCAUAAAACCUGGUGCGGCGCCUGCAAAGCUCUGAAGCCAAAGUUUGCUGAGUCCAAGGAGAUCUCUGAGCUUUCCCAUAGCUUCGUCAUGGUAAACGUGGAGGAUGAGGAAGAGCCAAAGGAUGAAGCCUUCAGCCCCGACGGUGCAUACAUCCCUAGAAUUCUCUUCCUGGAUCCCAGUGGACACGUCCGUCCUGAGAUCAUAAACUCCAAAGGAAACCCGAGUUACAAGUAUUUCUACAACGCGGCUGAACAGGUGGUCGAAGCCAUGAAGGAAGCUCAGGAGAAACUUACUGGAAGUUUUUUCAAGAACCAGAUUGAAGAUGAGUUAUAACCUCCAGAUUCCCCAUCCAAAACUCUUCCAUCCUGAGCUUGCACCCACCCCAGGGGAUAAAGCGGCGUCGCUCUUGGGUCUGGAAUUCGAACCCUCUGGCGCCCCCUUUCUGUGCAGUUCACCAAAAGAGGGUUUUUCACGCAUUGUUCAGUAGACAACCGCACAGAUCACCCCCAUAACUUCACUAGGAGCUCAGUAUUUGCAGUGCAUCGUCAGAAACUGUGAUCUUGGGUACAGAUUUAUAAGCAUCCUGUUACUUCUCCCACAUUCAGAUACUAAUUACUACAUUUUACAGAUUAUUUUUUUGCUUUUAACUUUUAACCAGUUCAGUGCCUGGUUGAAUGCUGCUUUCGGCUAUUUUCUUGGCCUUUUGCUUUCGAGAGGUUUUGCUACAAGUCAAUGAUGUAUAAAUUGGUGACUGACUGAGGUGGUAGGGUUUUACCUGCUGAUUACUUCUUUCCAUAACCCCAGUGGUUCUACUACAGCUGCAGAGGACUUCACCUAUGGUGACCUGGGUUUGGUUCGGUAAAACAGUGGAGUUAUCCGUAUGUGGCUUCUGUAUUAUGGCCGUGUGAGAGGGGCUUUAUCCAUAUUGCGACAGUAGCAGCAAGGAACUGCAUUGUAAGGCAUUGCGUUUCUAUCCUAUGAUCCAGUCCUGAUUGUGGUUCUAAGACUCGCACACGGAGAAGU